CAAAAAUUGAAUCUACCAGAUGAAUUCCUCAUCUUUUAGCAACAUGUCGAGCAGCUUAAUUUAUAGAGACGCUCUCAGCAUUGCUGUGACCAAAAAUGUGCUCAUAGUGGCUCUUGGCAUCACCAUCAACUAUAUUAAUGGGGCACUGAUUCACACCUUCAGAAAACAUGAAAUAUUUUUCAUGAAUCCUCGUUACAUCCUGUUCAUCCAUCUGGUGGUGAACGAUAUGAUCCAGCUGACUACAUCCAUCAGCUUGUUUGUUCUCAGUUAUGUCUUCUACAGAAUUAGUACUUCUUUGUGUUGCUUCAUUGUUACCUUUGUUGUUUUCACCUCUGUGAACUCUCCUUUAAAUUUAGCUCUGAUGGCGGUAGAGUGCUACAUCGCCGUUUGUUUCCCACUGCGACAUGCUGAACUGUGCACCAUCAAACGAACAUAUUUUCUCAUUGGCUGUAUUUGGGGUUUAAGCGCAACAACAGUUUUGCCAGACAUCUUUCUUAUCUUUGCAACAGAGCCUCUAUGGCUGUUUAACUCUACAGUAUUUUGCGAUAGAGAUACUGUUUUCCGACACCCAAUAAGCAUAAAAAAAAGAGAUGUUUCUUAUAUAAUUUUUUUAUCUGGAGUUUGGUUUACACUUUUAUUCACGUACGUCAGGAUCUUUUGUGCUGCUCAAGCUGCUAACUCAGCUGAGGGAAUGGCAAAGGCCAGAAAUACUAUCCUGAUUCAUGGUUUUCAGCUACUUUUGUGUAUGCUAACAUAUGCAACUCCUUUGGCAAGAACGUUUCUGGCGUUUCUGUCUACUGCACAAUAUGUCCAAGCAUAUUUUUUUUGGUACAUACUGAUCCAGAUUCUUCCCAGAUUUGUGAGUCCCAUUGUGUACGGGGUACGAGACAAUACAUUUAGACAAUACUUGAAAAAGUAUCUUUUGCGCAGCAUCAGAGAAGCCAACAAACUACAUCCGUAAGUGUUUCUUGUGUCGGUAUAGAUAUCCUAAACUUGAUCAUUUUAAAACCUACACUGUGCUAUCUGUAAAAUUAGACAAAGCAUGUUUCUGAUUCAAGCAAACAAAAAUGACCUGUAAUAAACAUUAUUGGAUGUGUGACAGGAAACAAAAUCAGAUUCACCUUUGAAUCACUGAAAGAUUGUCUACUUUCAUUCACUGUGCAGUCUUUGACUCAGUUCAAAUAAUAGCCUUUUAAAUUGAACUUUGGUGUAUUGUAAUGGUUCGCAUAUAUACUUCUUCCUCAGUCUUUUUAGUCU